AAUAAAUACACUCAAAAUGUGACAUUAAUCUUUUUUUAUCGCUUGCGAGUGUUAGACCCAACAAAAUCCUGCAAUGUAAUUAGUUGCGCUAUACCCGUCCACAUCGCACCCAUCCCCUCACCUUCUCUUCCCUCCAACAAAAUCAUUAAUUUCUCGAAGAUCUGCACAAAAAAAAUUGCUUUUUUUCCUCCCUGAACAAAGCGAUGACCGACCCCAUCGGACCAUCAACGUCAACGAUUCCGAAUCCAAGUCCGACCACUCUUCUCCACCCGCGACGCGAGCCUUUCGAGCACGGCCUCCUACCAAUCCAGAAGCUCAUAUUCACUGACCCACUCCAGGCCCUAACCUCUCUGAAGCAAAAGCUCGUAUCUUCCUCCACUCAACGAGUCGACUCGGCGGCCCUCGCUGACGCCCUCGAGAUCUCUUUGGACCAUGCACGUCUCGUCCUCGACACUCUCGCCUCGGUGCUUCACGCGGAAUCCGACCCUCUCGUCACCUCGCGCUUCGACGAUGUUGAUUCCGUUGGUGCUGAUUUGCUUGAUCUGAUCCUGUUUUUGUACAUUCAAUCGUAUAAAAGGCUUUUGCCGCGCUCGCAUAAGGAUGCAGCUGCGGUUGCUGAUGUUUGGCCUUCCACGUCAGCAUUUGAGGGUUACUUGUCGGCCCUUUCGCCUUUGCAGCUUGUUCGCUGCAACACCCGUCGGUUUAUGCCAUCACAGGCUGAUGAAGAGGCCCAUCAGCUGUCCUAUCUACAAAAGCACUUGGCUAAUAUUCUGUCUCUUUUGUCAGAGCCUGUGGAGGGGGAAGGUGAAGAAUCUCUGGUUAUAUCUAUGGAAGGGUUUGAGCACCUUGGGUUUCUGAUUCAAUUUGAAGAUAAGGGAUCUGAUGGAGUUUUCUUAAGCCGAGCAGCUCCCAUUUUUGCUAAUUCAGAUCCAGACAUGCCUGCUGUUCCUGUUCCAGCAUCACAAGUUCUUGAUUGGCUUCUGCAGAACAUAGCUUCCUCUUUGGAACAUGUUACUGAAAAGAAUCCUGCAAAAGAAAAUGGUCCUCCAAGUGGCUCUGACCAGGAUGUUGCUAUGGCUGACACUAGUCCAAGUUCAGUCAAAGCCUCACCAAGUGUAAGGAGUCCAUGUUUCAUUGAGGGGGUCUCUAAAUCAUCUUAUGUAAAGCAGGCAUCUGAUCUUAAAAAUUCUUCUCUGAAGGUUAUCAAUUGCCAUGAUUCAGUUAUUUACCUUCUAGCGCCUUUGAGAUAUGCCACCAUUUAUGGAUGCUCUGAUGCUACUAUAGUUCUUGGAGCUGUUGGCAAGGCAGUACGAGUCGAGCACUGUGAAAGAGUUCAUGUGAUUAUAGCUGCAAAACGGGUCUGCAUUGCCAAUUGUCGUGAGUGUGUAUUCUUUUUGGGAGUGAAUCACCGCCCCCUUAUUGUUGGCGAUAACCACAAGCUACAGGUGGCACCGUAUAACACAUAUUAUUCUCGGUUGGAAGAGCACAUGACUGAAGUUGGCAUCGAGGCAACUAUCAAUAGAUGGGAUGAUACUUUGGAACUUGGGAUGAUUGAUCCACACAAUUCAUUAUCUCAUCCUGCGGGCGUUUCUGAUGCUCAAGCUGAGUCAGCUACACGACUAGCUUCUGAUCACUUCACAAAGUUUCUGAUUCCAAACUGGUUGGAAGGUGAAUCCACUGGUUCAACAAAGGAUAACCCGUUCCCCUUAACUGAUCCAUACUUGACAUCUCAACAGAAAAAUCAAAAUAAUUUAGGUGAGAUAAAGCAAAUAUUGAGAGAAGCUCCACUUGAAGAAAAUCUAAAAAGAGAAUUAUCAUGUGCACUUCAUGUAUACUUCAGAGAUUGGUUAUACGCCUCGGGAAAUAUUCGGCAGCUGUACUGCCUACAAGUGACUGAUAUCGGCAUCUGCAGGAUUAUAUUACGCAAUGGUACAUGAUUUAGAUGAGUGGAUGCGGUUUAUGGUUUUGUUUCAGUUUCUUCAACCCUUUUGCCAGUUCCCCAGGCUCAGCUCAUCUCUUUUUGUUGUGGGCUCCCUUCAACACCCAACACUCAACAGGCAGCUGACAACUGAGACACCCUUCCAAUUUGGAACGUCACAUAAAUUUUUAUGCAGGAUUGGCUCUGCUCUUUUUGGCGUGCUCCCCCGCACACCCAAAAAGAUAAAAAAAGCAAUCAGAUAUUAUUCAUUUGCUAAUCUCUUUGUAAUAUUUUUGGACGGAAGAAAACAACAAUAAUAAAUUUAAUCCUACUGUACCCUUUGUUUUUCUUGGUCUUUACAGCAGUGUUAUAAAUUUAAAUACUCACUCUUUAUUCCAA